UCGCGGGCUCCGCUGCGUGGAGUGCGCUCGGCUCCGGCACGAACCCGCACUUCACGCACAGGGCUGGCUGGCUCUGCUCCGGAGUCCGGCUGAAACACGCACAAGACUGGCCGACUCUCCUCCGGAGUCCGGCUGAAACACGCACAGGGCUGGCUGGUUCGCCUCGGGACGGACGCGGAUCCGGGAGCGGCUCCGGGAUGCGGCUGCGGGACUCUGCAACAUGACAGAAAGUGGAGUCGGACGCACGGAGCCGUAGCGAGGAGACAGCGCGCCGCAAGAUGAAGACACCCAUGCGCCAUGGCGUAGCUGUGCUUCUCGUGCUUCUCCUGUGCGCCAGCUUGUUCCUGGUGUACAACGGCAGCUUCAACGGUGCUUCCAGGGACACCAACGACACGCGCAUCCGCCAGCAUGAGCAGUCGCAGCGACCCGCUGAACCCUCGGCCAGCGUGGCCAGGCCUCAGCCUCCGGUCCUCCAGGGAUACAGCGGCAUCAUCGACCAUAAGCCUCUCAGGAUGCACUGCCGCACCUGCGCCCUGGUGACCAGCUCAGGUCACCUCAUCGGAGGCGGCAGGGGCCAAGACAUCGACCGCGCCGAGUGCGUCAUCCGCAUGAACGAUGCUCCCGCCGCCAGGGGUUUCGCCCGAGACGUCGGCCGCCGCACCUCCCUGCGCGUCAUCGCCCACUCCAGCAUGCAGCGCGUCCUGCGCAGCCGCCACGAGCUGCUGAACGCCAGCCAGGACACGGUCUUCAUCUUCUGGGGCCCCAGCAACUACAUGCGGCGCGAUGGGAAGGGCCUGGUGUACAACAACCUGAGGCUGAUGAACCAGGUCCUGCCGAAGCUCAAAGUCUACAUCAUCUCCUGGCAGAAGAUGCUGCAGUUCGAUGAACUCUUCAAGAAGGAGACUGGCAAGGACCGGAGGAUAUCAAACUCCUGGCUGAGCACCGGCUGGUUCACGAUGACCAUCGCCCUGGAGCUCUGCGACAGGAUCAAUGUGUUCGGCAUGGUGGCCCCGGACUUCUGCAGGGAGCCCCAGCACCAGUCCGUCCCCUACCACUACUACGAGCCGCGCGGCCCGGACGAGUGCGCCAUGUACAUAUCCCACGAGCGCGGCAGGAGGGGCAGCCACCACCGCUUCAUCACCGAGAAGCGGGUCUUCGCCAACUGGGCACGGACGUUUGACAUUCACUUCUACCAGCCGGACUGGAGCCCGCCGCCGCUGCCGGCCAACUGGACCCUGGAAGGGACGACGCCGGCGGCUGCUCAGAAGACAUGACCG